AUGGUGUAUAUAUGGAACCUGUUCAGAGGACUCAGUUUUGCAGGUCUUGCUGCUGUGACUUGUCAUGCAGCCGCUGUUGAAAGCCGUACAUUGACUGAGCGUGCAUCUUCAACUGACCGUCUAGUAUUUGCUCACUUUAUGAUCGGCAUCGUCGCCAAUAGACAAAGCUCUGCCGACUACGAUGACGAUAUGAAACUUGCAAAGGCUGCUGGAAUCGACGCUUUUGCGCUUAAUAUUGGCGUUGACAGUUACACCGACGCGCAGCUUGAUUAUGCGUACGACUCUGCGAACCGCAAUGGCAUGAAGGUAUUCAUCUCAUUUGACUUUCACUUUUGGAAGACGAACAAAGCAGCUAGCGUUGGUGAAAAGAUUAAGAAAUACGGCACCCGUGCAGCUCAGCUGCGCGUCGAUGACAGGGUAUUUGUCUCCAGUUUUGCGGGUGACGGACUCGACGCCAACGCUGUAAGAAGUGCUUCCGGAUCUAACAUCUUUUUCGUCCCCAACUUUACUCCAUCAGGCAGUUCGACUAACGGCAUUGACGGUGCCUUGAACUGGAUGGGCUGGCCUCAUAACGGGAACAACAAGGCGCCCAAGGAUGGGAAGAGCGUUAGUGUUACCGACGGAGAUAACAGCUACGUGAAUUGGCUUGGCAGCAGAAAGUACAUGGCUCCUGUAUCACCGUGGUUCUUCACCCACUACGGACCCGAAGUUGACUGGGCAAAGAACUGGGUCUUCCCUAGCGGCUCUCUCUUCUUUGACCGCUGGAACCAGGUCUUACAGAAGGGUUUUGACAUGAUCGAGAUUCUCACCUGGAACGAUUACGGCGAGUCUCACUACAUCGGCCCCCUCAAGUCCAAACACAACGACGACGGAGCAUCCAAGUGGGCCAACGAUAUGCCGCACAAUGGCUGGCUCGACCUCUCUAAGCCCUUCAUCGCCGCGUAUAAAGCGAAAGACACCAACGUCGCCAGGUACAUCGAGAAGGACCAGCUUGUCUACUGGUACCGCCGAAACCUCAAGAGUCUUGACUGUGACGCUACCGAUACAACUUCUGGCAGAUGGCCACCCGAACCUAACGAGAACUACUUCCAGGGCCGGCCGGAUGGAUGGGAAUCUAUGGAAGAUGUUGUAUACGUUGUCAGCUUGCUCAAGUCUGCUGGUACCGUGGUUGUCAACUCUGGAGGCAACACUAUCACAGAGGAGGUCCCCGCGGGAGCAACUCUGAUCAAGGUCAACGCCGGAGUCGGAAAGCAGACAUUCACUCUCAAACGCGGCAGCAGCAGUGUCUUGUCCGAGACGUCUCUCAUGGACAUCACCAACGUCUGCCCCUGCGGCUUAUACAACUUCAACGCCUACGUGGGAACCGUUGCUGCAGGUUUCUCAGACCCUCUCGACAGCAACGGUCUUGCAUCUUUGACUGUCGGACUUCGCGUUUCGACAUGUGAGCCCAAGCCCUCUCUCGGGACCAACGCAGCCUCACCGACGCAACCAAACAACCCACGUACAGUGACUAAUCCAGGUAACGACCAAGCUUGCAUCGAGGGUACUGUGGCAGAUGGCGAGAGUGGAAACCUUACCGGUCUCUGCGAGUUUAGCUGUAUGUACAAUUACUGUCCUCCGACCCAGUGCAAAUGCAAGGCGUAUGGCUCGCCCUUGUCGCCUCCGGCAACAAAUGGCCGUGAGGGUUGCCCUGCUGAUGGGCUAAACGAUGGAUAUAAGGGAUUGUGCAGCUACACUUGCAACCAUGGAUACUGCCCUACCGGCGCAUUCCUCAUUGUUGAAAACUACCAGUAUAUGGAGAUAUGA